GCAACGGUUCCCAGUGCUUGCGUGGUAUCAAUCGCCGAUUGUACUAGCCAUCUUCAGAAAUAUGUUUGCUUUGCUGCUUCGAUACAUGGCAUUGUUGCCAGCGGCCUGGAUAGAACUGAUUGUGAUGCUGCAGGUCUAUGUAUUAGCCGCACUGUUUAUUGUGAAAGAGUUAGUAUUCGAGGCUACGAAGCAAGGGACCGAUAAAGUGCUUGAGAAUGACCUACAGAAAUGUCGAGCUCUUCAUUCCGCAAGCAAUAAAACUGUGCUUGUCACUGGAGCUGAUGGCACGAUAGGAAGGGAAGUAGUGAGAAGAUUAUUGCGUUACGGGUGCACUGUUCAUGCUAUGGUCGGCGAUCGGAAGAAGGCUAAAGAGCUCUUCGCAUCCGCAAUUGCUUCAAAGUCACCUCUUACACUUUACGAGGUGGAUUUUGAGGAGCCACGUGAGGUUUCAAAAUUUACCCGCGGCUUUGUUCUGAGAUGUGUGGAGCUUGACGUGGUUAUCUUAUGCGCUGGAACAAUGUUGGCUCGUCCAAAGAUUGUUGACAACAUUGAGACACACAUGAGAGUGAAUGUCCUGUCUCAAGUGCUUCUUCUUCACAGUCUUGAUCCCAUCAUGACUUCUAAAACCAGGAUCGCUGCUCUGAGCUCUUCUACAGCGAGAGUUGCUUUCUUUUCAAGUUCCUUGUUGCAGCAAGAUCCCCUUGGUUAUUACAUUGGACCUUACGAGGCGUACUGCUUUUCUAAGCUAAUUCUCUCAGUCUAUAUCGCGGAGCUUUCCCGGCAAAAACCCUACCAUGCAGUUAGCGUGCAUCCAGGCGUUAUACCAGGUACUCUAUAUCGCCACUGCAACAAAUUUGUCAGAUUUGUUACCUACUUCGUACUGCCGGUGUUUUUGAGGAGCCCGACGUUCAGCGCGCUUUUAGUCCUGCAUACUACAUUACGAGAUGACCAAAUAGCUGGCGCGUAUUAUGAAGAUGGCGUUCCUCAAGAUCUCUGUAGUCGAGUAUCGGAAGAAAACAAAGAAGUAUUUGGUAUGUAUUAUAUAUGUCAGCAUACCAUUUGA